AGGCAGGGUGGGAUGCAUGGAAGGACAGGCAGAGCAGUCUGUGGGAGCAUUGCAGGGGGCUCAGGACAGCAGCUGCUCGUCCCUUUCAGCCGCUCCCUCACCCCGCUAAGAAGCCUCUUGCCUGCACUCCCGAUAAAGGAAAGCAGUGCGUUGAGAAGCUCAGUGUGUGUGCGCGCGCAUAUGUGUUUAUGCUGCAUGUGUUGGGACAGUACCACAGUUUGCAGAGGAAGAUUAUCCCGGGCCGGACGGAGGGACUGUUUACAGUAAGCUCUUCUCGCAGCCCCCUCCUCCUCCUCCUCCUCCUCCUGCUGCACCCUCGCCGUCUGUUAGGGCUUUUAGUUAGCUGUGCACCCGGAUAGUCACUUGGUCAGUUGAGUAAGCGCGUCCAUCCGUCUGUGUGUGGUCCGGACGCUCUUCAUCCGCCAUUGUCGCCCAGGAGCAGUAGCUGCUGAAGAGGAGGAGAAAGAUGAGGAUGAAGGAGUUGUCCCUACGGCAGGAUCCGGACCUGAGGAAGGAGCUGGCCCUGCUGGCCCGCGGCUGUGACUUUGUGCUGCCCUCGCGCUUCAAGAAGAGGCUCCGUGCCUUCCAGCAGGGACAGGCCCAGGUCAAGAAAGAGGAGCCCAUUACGCCGGCGCUAAGUGAAAGCGUUCCAAAGUUCUACUUCCCUCGGGGACGGCCCAAAGCCAACCUCAACAUCGACCAUCUCAUUUCCAAGAUCGAGAAAAUAUUUUCCCAAUUCCCCAAUGAAAGGGCCACCAUUGAGGACAUGGGGAACGUUGCCAAGGCCUGCGAGUGCCCUUUCUACUGGAAGGCCCCAUUGUUCUGUGCGGCUGGAGGGGACAGGACGGGAUUCGUGUCCGUUCACAAGUUCGUCGCCAUGUGGAGAAAAACACUACAGACCUGUCACGAUGACGCAUCCAAAUUUCUGCACCUUUUGGCCAAGCCAGGCUGUAAUUACUUGGAACAAGAGGACUUUAUUCCAUUCCUGCAGGAUGUGGUGAACUCGCACGCUGGCCUGGCCUUUCUGAAGGAGGCGGCGGACUUUCACUCCCGCUACAUCACCACUGUAGUCCAAAGAAUAUUUUACGACGUCAACAGGUCUUGGACAGGCAAGAUCACCCGUUCAGAGCUCCGAAAGAGCAGCUUUCUUCAGAACGUGGCUUUGCUAGAGGAGGAAGAGGAUGUGAACCAGCUGACGGAGUACUUCUCCUACGAGCAUUUCUACGUCAUCUACUGCAAGUUCUGGGAGCUGGACUCAGACCACGACCUCUACAUCGACCAGAAAGACCUGGCACGGCACAAUGACAACGCCGUUUCCAACCGCAUGAUUGAGAGGAUAUUCUCUGGAGCAGUGACGAGGGGUCGGAAAGGCCAGAAGGAGACACGUCUGAGCUACGCUGACUUUGUGUGGUUCCUCAUCUCGGAGGAGGACAAGAGGACAGAGACCAGCAUAGAGUACUGGUUCCGCUGCAUGGAUGUGGAUGGGGACGGGGUGCUGUCCAUGUACGAGCUGCAGCACUUCUAUGAAGAGCAGUGCCAGAAGCUGGAGACCAUGGCCAUCGAGCCCCUGCCCUUCCAGGACUGCCUCUGCCAAAUGCUGGACCUGGUCAGGCCUGAAGUCGAAGGGAAAAUAACCCUCCGCGACCUGAAGAGGUGCAAGCUGUCCCACAUAUUCUUCGACACCUUCUUCAACAUAGACAAGUACCUGGACCACGAGCAGAGGGACCCUUUCUCAGUCGUGAGGGACGGAGAGACUGAGGGCCAAGAUAUUCCCGACUGGGAGAGGUACGCAGCGGAGGAGUACGACAUCCUGGUGGCGGAGGAGACUGCCAACGAUCAGUUCCACGAUGGUUACGAGGAUAUUCUGGAGCCCAUGGAGCAGCAUGGUCCAGCUGGUCUGGGUCUACAGGGGGAGAAGCGCCACUUCUUCGACAUCCCCAACCCCCACUGCAACCUGGACCUGGAGGAGUACGAGUACGAGGACGACUUUGAGUGAGCACCGUCCCACGUCACAACAGUGGAGGCAUCCUCCAUCCAAGCAGGGGCAACCAGUCCAAGCCAAAGGGAAACAAACAAACAAACAAACUAGUAAAGAAACACCCAUGCAGCAGAGCGACAAUGAGUCAACCACACGUCCUGAAACUAUGGAAGCAGGAAGUUGACAGACCAAGGGGGACAAAGAGGAGCCUGAAACGCAUAAGGGUGAACUUCACAGCAUCUACAACACACACACACACACACACACACACACACACACACACACACGCACACACUUUGUGCCGCAAUGCAAACCAUCAGGUAGAACACGUAAAUCAACAUCCUCUCUCCGCCCCCUGCCCCCCUCAACAAAUAGCUCCCAAACACAGGAGGUUCCCCACACCAGAGCCGUCACAGAGGGUGUGCUGCUCCCCCCAGCAGCCGGCACACCAAGGCUGGGCAUCUGCAGUCACGGAGCCUGUAGAGCCCCCAGCACACAGGUCUGGAGUCCCGACACUGGAGCCCAGCUCCCAGCCACAGAGAGCUGGACACUUGAAUUACUGAAUGUGCACUAAAGCAAGGAAAUGGACACAUGUUCUGUCCUCCGGUCUCCUCUCCUCUCCUCUAUCAGUCUCUCUCCAUUACUACGAAUUGGCUAAUGUAACAUUCCAGAUAUAUUAACCAAAAUAAUUUAGAACCAAACAUGCAAGUUUUACUCAGUCGGCUUCUUUCAGAUGGAGCCGUGACACUUGGGUGCCUAAAAUGAUUCUGUUCGUCAAAGGUCCUUUUUAUAGAGAAAAUGUGUAAAAUAAAAUAAUGUAUUUAUCAGCCAAGGUGAUCAGCCAUUACUGUAUCAUAGCCCUGUGUGUGCAGGCUAGGUAUAAAUUAUUAGAGGUAUUUAUAAAUAGCUGUACAUAUUUAAUUUGUGUUUGCGGUGUUGCAAAAAAUGAUUUAGCUGAAUGUUUUUAAAACAAUAAUGUUCAUGUUUUUUCUACCUGUACAAGUACUUUAAGAAUAUGUACUUUCAAUGAGGGAAAAAUGAACUUUUUUUUAAAUGUCUGUCUGUUCCAAUAAAUAAAAAAAGAUGAUGAUAAAA